CCCGGUCCUUGAAAGCGAGCGCCUUCGGCUCCGGCUGCGCGGAGGUACCUUUCUACAUGGACAACCUCGCGGAUAAUGAAAUGCUCGUCGACGAAUACGAGCAGUAUCACAAUGACAGAGCCGACGUCGUCGUUGUCUCCCGCCCCGGCUCGGAAGACCAAGGGUCGGAAGUGCUUGCAAAUGACUACCCGGCGAUGAUGGCCCGAAUCUUGCCCAAGGAUCCCGAUCUUGAAACAGAAGCGGAGGCAUAUCAUACCUGGCACAUCCAAGACUGGCGCAAGUUGAAGCGAAAGGAGCAUGGCCCUACGUUUCAGUGUGGAAAUUUCCCCUGGCGAGUUCUGUUUUUCCCGUAUGGGAACCAUGUCGAACAUGCAUCGUUUUACCUCGAACAGGCCUGGGAGAAAGAACCGCCGACAGAUUGGUAUGCGUGCGUUCAGUUUGCUCUAGUCUUAUGGAACGUCAAUGAUCCGUCAAUUUACGUCUCUCAUGUUGCUACCCAUAGAUUCAACGCAGACGAAGGCGACUGGGGUUUUACUAGAUUCUGCGACUUGCGGAAACUCUUCGCCAUUCCAUGGGAAGGCAAAUCAAUCCCUCUGGUAGAGAAUGAUGAAGCAAAAAUCACAGCAUAUGUCCGUGUUGUCAAAGAUCCGACUGGAGUCCUUUGGCAUUCCUUUCAAAACUAUGACUCGAAGAAAGAGACGGGAAUGGUUGGGUUAAGGAAUCAGGGUGCCACCUGCUACCUGAAUUCGCUUUUGCAGUCAUUAUAUUUCACCAACGCCUUCCGACGGGCCGUCUACCAAAUUCCCACAGAGGCCGAGGCAUCGAGAGAUAACAGUGCUUGGACUCUCCAGCGACUCUUCUACUCGUUGCAAACAAACGAAAACCCUGUCUCGACUACUGAGCUUACAGCCUCCUUUGGUUGGGAGUCACGACAAAUCUUCGAGCAGCAAGAUGUCCAGGAACUGUCUCGAAAAUUGAUGGAGAGGCUGGAGGAGAAAAUGAAGGGAACCCCCGCGGAGAAGGCACUGCCUGAACUCUUUGUGGGCAAAACCAAAACCUAUAUUUCUUGCAUAAACGUUGACUACGAAUCGUCUCGGAUCGAAGAAUUCUGGGAUAUCCAGCUGAACGUGCGAGGAAACAAGACGCUUGAUGACAGCUUCAAGGACUAUAUACAGGUGGAGACUUUAGAGGGCGAAAAUAAGUAUGACGCUGGUCAGCCAUUCGGUCUUCAGGAUGCCAAAAAGGGCGAGAUCUUCGAGAGCUUCCCACCAGUCUUGCACCUACACCUGAAACGCUUCGAGUAUGACAUUAACCGCGACGCGAUGAUGAAAUUGAACGACCGUCACGUCUUCCCUCUGGAGUUCGACGCCUCGCCAUAUCUAUCCAAGGAUGCAGACAAAUCAGAGUCUUGGGUUUAUGAGUUGCACGGCGUUCUUGUCCAUAGCGGCGAUUUCAACGCUGGUCACUAUUACGCAUUCUUGAAGCCGACCAAGGAUGGCUUCUGGUAUCGGUUCGACGAUGACAAGGUGAUCCGGGCUACAGAGAAGGAGGUCCUCGAAGAGAACUAUGGCGGAGAGUACGAGCUAGCAAACGGUGCUACUGGCGUCCGACAACCAUAUACCCGUGCGUUGUCAACGAAGCGCUCGAUGAAUGCCUAUAUGCUGGUGUACAUCCGGAAGACAAGAUUGGACGACGUCCUGGUUCCUAUCACCAAAGAUGACGUUCCCUCUCACAUCGAGAAAAAAUUGGCCGAAGAUCGGGCAGAGCUGGCCCGACGUAAAAAGGAGCGGGAAGAGGCUCACCUCUACAUGAAUGUUGGCGUUCUGUGCGAGAAGACUUUCCGAGAGCACCACGGUUUCGAUCUUACCAGUACCGACCUGCCUUCCGGCGAUCCCGCACUUCCAAAGUCAUACCGGGUUCUCAAGUCCAAGAAGGUCAGCGAGUUUGCAGAGGAAGUCGCACAAGAAAUGAAUCUCAAUGUAGAGCAUAUUCGUUUCUGGGUCAUGGUGAACCGUCAGAACAAGACGACCCGUCCAGACCAAGCGAUCAGGGAUCCUGACAUGACUGUUGAGGAAGCCUACAACCGAUUUGGCACCAAGGGAAACGCAUUUCGAAUGUGGCUGGAGGUUGGCGAACCCGCAGCGGAUGGCACAGUGUCCUGGCCCGAUAGCAACACAUCGGUGCUUAUCUUCUUAAAGAAUUUCGACGUCCACACGCAAACCUUGUCCGGGGUCUCAGCAGUGUAUGUGCGCAAGAAUCAGAAGGUCUCCGAGCUUGCGCCAGUCAUUCUAGAGAAGAUGAAUUGGCCGGCUGGUACGGAAUUCAUGCUAUUCGAAGAGAUCAAGCAUACGAUGAUCGAUGUGAUGAAGCCGAAGCAGACGUUCCAACAAUCCGAAAUUCAAGAUGGCGACAUCAUCACCUUUCAGCAGACGGUCAAGGAGUCGGACAUGCCGCCGACCGCCAUCUACGCAGAUGCUAGAAACUACUAUGACUAUCUUCUCAACCGUAUGAAUGUGAACUUUGCGCCGAUCAAGAUCGGCGAGGGAGAGGAAUUUUCUUUGACUUUGAGCCGCAAGAUGACCUAUGAGCAAUUCUCCAAGAAGGUUGGCGAGCACCUCAAGGUUGAUGCGACACAUCUGCGCUUCGCACCCGUCAUGGCUAGCACAGGGAAACCGAAACCGUUCCUGAAGCGCAGUAUCAAUCAAACAUUGUUCCAGAUUCUUACCGGCACCUAUGGCACCUACGGAUACAGCAUGCACCGGCCAGAUGCGUUAUACUACGAAAUCCUAGAUACCAGUCUCAGCGACUACGAGACGAAGAAGUGCCUGAAGGUGACCUGGUUGACCGAAGGGAUCUCGAAAGAGCAAAUGUUUGAGGUUCUGGUACCGCGGAACGGCACUAUUUCUGAUCUCAACGCCGCUCUACAGAAGAAGGCCAAUCUCGACGACGAGACGGUCCGGUAUCUGCGUGUUUACGAAGUUCACAGUGGCAAGAUCUAUAAAGAGCUUACGGAUGACUUCAACGUGGCCGGGAUCAAUGAAUUUGUGACCCUAUACGCGGAGCGAGUGCCUGAAGAAGAAGUCAAUCUGGAAGAAGGUGACCGAGUUAUCAGUGCCUUCAACUUCGACAAGGAGCCCGCCAAGCCUCACGGAGUCCCAUUCAAAUUCGUUAUCAAGCCUGGUGAAAUUUUCAAGGAGACCAAGGAGAGGCUUUCCAAACGCACCGGCAUUAAAGGGAAGCAAUUCGAAAAGAUCAAAUUUGCCCUUGUCCCUCGGACCAUGUAUUCUAACCCACGAUAUCUUGAAGAUGAUGAUAUCCUAUCAGAUAUAGUCAGCGAUGCCGACGACCUUCUCGGCCUCGACCAUGUAAAUAAGAACCGGAGCUUUUGGAACCGAAGCGAGUCUUUCUUCAUUCGAUAGAUGAGAUGGAGUCCUGCCGGUCUGAAAAUUACCUUACCAUUUACUUUGAAGCUAUUACUCUUGGAGUGGAGAUUUGAUUAAUGGAAGAGACAAUAAGGACUUUGAAGAUUAUACCACAAUAUCUAAGAAAUGAAUCAUGAAACUUGAUUAAACUACAAGG